AUGCGGUCUCCAGAACCUUCUUCACCCUGUACAGCAGAAGCCCUUCUUCAUGGCCAGUUUGCUAGCUGGGGGUCUGGCAGUAACAGCAACAAUAACAGCUGCCCCAAUAGUCCUGGUGGUCCAGGGGGACUCUCCCCAGCUGCCUCCCCUACUCCGGCUCAGGCCUCCAACUAUGCCUUGACACUCACCCACACCCACAUCCACAUCCAGCGUCUGUCACCUCGACCUGGUAAGGAAACCCGUCUUCUGCUGCCUCUGUCAGAACUAGUGGGAUGCAGCUGCCCUCGUGCCCCUGCGCCCCCUCUGCUCGUUCUUUACUGGUACCCACCAGGCAAACGGCGGAAAGGGGUGUCUCGACGCAGGCAGGUGAGGGCGUACUUGGCAGAAAGCAGGCCUGAAGCUGAGAGGUGGUCAGCUGCUGUGCAAUGUAUACUCAGAGAUGUGAUCGUCACUGCUGACACAGGUGAGUGUGUGUUACAACAGCCUUUCUUUUUCUUCUUUUUCAGGUUUAAUGAUGGAAGAGAAACAUUCUUAAAUGUUGCUGAAUCACAGUGGACAAUAAAGUUAGGGUUGUGGUACGAGGUGUUUGCAAGUAUGCAAGUCCAUUAAAUGAUUAGAUACCAGAACUGAUGGGCUUGUAAAGUGAUAAGGCUUAGUAUCGUCUGACGAAAACAACAAUUAAACAUUGAAGGCAGAGAUCACAGAGUUCAUCAAAGUGUAACUGAACUCCAUCAAUCAGUGUUUUACCACCAACAUUGGUGGCAUGAAUUACAAAAUGUUUGGACUCUCGGAAAAAUAAAAAUUUAACGUGAGCACAAUGAAGCAGGAUUCCUUCACCCUUGAUAUGAUGGAUUUCAUGUUAUUUACAUGCAGAGUUUAAGAGCUCUAGAUUAGCAUUACGGCAGGUUUAUUACUGCUAAAUAUUUUAUUUAACUUGAACAUUGGAUUCUCAAAUAAUACUUUAAUUCCUCUUGUUUACUUCAUUAAAAAUACUGAUUGGUACCUUAUGCUGUCUUGAUUUUAGCCUGCUUGGUAAAUUCUUGCCAAUGAUAGCUCUAUGUCACAUUGACCAUGGACCUUCCUGUUUAAAUGAUGACACAUUUUAUCCCUAUCCAAAUAAUCAAAGUGAAAGUUGACACUGAUACAGCCACAAAGGAUAAAGCAUUUAUUUUACUGAGCUCCAAUUUUAAUUGAUUUUAUCGUGUUUAUCGACUUAAAUUGUCUAAUACUUCCUUCUUGUUUUUGCCCUUAUCUGUUCUGCACACAUGGUCUGUAUCAUUCAAUGUUAAUGUAGAGACAGAAGGGGUGGGGCUGCUGCAGUUUACCGCCCCUUCCCAUGCACCGUAUCCCCCCAGUCUAAAUAAUCAAACAGAUAGCAAGACCUUGCAGGUUGUUUACUUUCACUGUGUGCCCCAGCAUCCUUUCCUGUCUCCUUCCUCCACUUCAGACUUAAUCUUGAACCUUUCAUUCAUUUAAUCUCUCUGUCACUGAUUUAUCUCAGUACAUACCUAUCACACCGCUGCCCUCUUCCCUAACAGUGAUAAAGCUGUCAUUCAUUUUUAAUUCCUACCACUCCUCUCUUUGUCUUUUGUCUGCACCUUCUUCAUUCAUACUCUGCUGCAGUAUUUUCACUCCGUUUUUCCCUGCCUGAUGCUUGACCCUUUGUUGCUGUUCCACUGCUCACUUAGCCUUGAUUCUCUUACCCAGCCGCUCUGUUUGCGAAUCACUGGCUUGUGUUGAUUCGGUCAGUUUUUACGCCUGUGGACAUAAUAACCCUGGGUGCCAAGAAGUUAUGUUGAUUUGCUUUAGUGUAGUUAGUUGCAUAACCCAAGAGUGCUUAAGAGUGCAGUCAUUCCAUUGCCUCUCUUGCGUCACUGGCAGCCAUCUUUACCCUGCCAAAAGGUAUUACAUAUUUUCAGAAGAUCAUUGAUUAUUUAUACCUGAUCAGAUGGCAAAAUAGAGAAGAGAUGUCACUGUUUUUGUCGAUAAAAGGAUUUUCUCCUGUUUUUACAGCCGUGUUUAGUACAGUUCCACUCCUGAGAAUGUUACUCAUGUUUUUGAAUACAACUGAUGAAAAGUCACAGUCUGGAGUGGCAGCAUUACACACUCUUAAUUGAACUCUAAGAGGUGAAAUAAAGAGGCUCAAAGGGUUGACUGCACUCAAAGUCAGUGGUUUGGUGACACUAAAAUAACAGCUCCCAGUUAGCUAGAAAGUGCAGUGAACCUUAAGUUCCUGUGUUUGUUCAAGACAAAGAACUGAAUCUCUUCUAAUGUUCCAAUCAUCUUCUUUUAUUUUGAAACAGAAUUUUCAAGAAGUCUCCUACCUCGUCCCAGGCGACUACUGUUACUGGUCAAUCCUUUUAGUGGAAGAGGCCAGGCAAUGCAGUGGUGUCAGACCCACAUUUUGCCAAUGAUCAGAGAGGCCAACAUCAGCUAUAACCUCAUACAGACAGGUGACACAUGACAGCAUGAAAAGAGCACCAGAUAAUAAGCAGAUUAUACACAUAAAUGAGUGUCUGUGAUGUUAACUUAAAAAAAUCUGUUUCAGAACGUCAGAACCAUGCCAGAGAGCUCAUCAGAGAGAUAUCACUGCCAGAGUGGGAUGGCAUCAUCAUCAUCUCUGGAGAUGGCCUUCUGCAUGAGGUAUGAAAUAGCUAAGCAGAGAAACAAUAUAAUACAUGUAAAAGGUAUUUAUCUUGUGUUUUUGUUCUGUAUGUUCAACUCUUGACUUUUGGGAUGUGUUCUUGCAGGUUAUCAAUGGGCUGAUGGAGCGCCCAGACUGGGAACAAGCAAUAAAAACACCUGUCGGCAUUCUGCCCUGUGGUUCUGGGAAUGCACUAGCAGGCUCCAUCAACCAUAAUGCAGGGUGAGCAUAUAUCCUGUUCAUAGCCAGAACAAUGUUUAAUUUUUUUUUUCAGCUGAACCUUGAAUAUUCAGCCCAGAGGGCACAAAAAACUGAAGUUAAGUCUAAUCCAAGAUCAAAAUCUCAGUGAUAUUAAAUCUCACUCUGCAUUUCUCCUUCUGUUUGCUAAUAAUCUGUGCUCUUAUUGUACACCAGCUUAAAAGCAUCUUAUAAACUUUUCUGUGCUUCAUGUUUCCAAUGCCAAAAGCUGCUCAGAUCAAAUACAACGCUGGGACUUUGGGUUCUGACAGGUUUUCAUGAUACUGAGCCUUGAAGAACCUGCUGUAGUUAUUGGAUUGGGCUCCUGAAAAACAGCAUAUCAAGUCAUUGUCAUGGAAUUAGGGUUAAUGGAUUAUUAUGCUAUUACAUGUUGUACCUUGGAAGAAGAGCUAAAAAUGUGAUUCGGCCCAUAAAACUAAAAACUAGUCAUACUAGGGGAAAAGAAAACAAAGUCACUGUGGUGCUGAAAGGCUCACAUGACUAUCUAAAGCUUUUUGAAGGGGUGUUUUCUCCCUGCAUUAGUUGAGGUAUGAAUCAUCUCAAUCUCAACUCACACCAUAUGUUAUCAGCUCACUUAGAUGAUAUACCUCCUGUAGUGAUAGGAUCAUCAGAGAUUAAAAAUGUUCAUAAAAUACAACCUGAGUGCAAUUAUUCCCACUUUAGGUGGAAAGUAAGAAAACGUGACUUUAACUGUGUUGAUGCUUAUAAUUUUAUUGAGGAUUGGAAAAAAUGUGCCUUUUUUAACCUCAAUAUGUAAACAAUGAGUGAAAUGUACUUUUCAGUGUCUGCCUAAAUAAUGUACCAUCAGAUGAGAUUAGUGCUGUAAUCAUAAGCUGUAGUGUUAUAUCAAAACAAAGGAGCACAGUGUUUAUUCUUUAUCUGUACCUGCUUAUCUGUAAUGUGAUAUCUCUGAAAGCUGAAGGACUCUGGAUUUGGCUUUUAUCUUGUACAGUUCUCUUCUUAUCUGUGCACAAAGAACUUGUGGCCCUUUUUUAAAAAAGAAAAAAAUGUCCCUCAGGUAUGAUAUGUGCCUUCGAGAGCCGCUCCUUUUGAACUGCUGCUUCUUGCUUUGCCGUGGUGGUGUCCAGCCUAUGGACCUGGUCUCUGUGACAACAAGCCCUGCUCCCUCCAAUAACAGUCGUACCGCAGCACCCAGGAGACUGUUUUCUUUCCUUUCUGUUGCCUGGGGCUUUGUGUCUGAUGUGGACAUAGAGAGUGAGAGGUGGGUGUUUCCUUGCUUAGACUCUAGGAGCAUACACAGCAAAACUUCACUUGUUGUGCAAUAACACCUGUUGAAAACGAAAAGGUAGUUUUACACCUAAAUCCAUUAUUUUUUGGUUCAGGUAUCGUGGCCUGGGCUCAGCUCGCUUCACCCUUGGCACCUUGGUGCGCAUUGCUUCCCUCCGAUCCUACAAGGGUCGUCUGUCUUAUCUGCCUCCCUCCAUUUGCACCACGUCACCAGAUGCCACACCCCCUCCGCCAAGGAGACCCCUCUCCCGCAGUAUCACCGAAGGCCUGGAGGGGUUCUGCAGAACUCCCAUUCAUCGCACCUGCUCUGACAUGGGCAUCAGUGAACAAAGAAGUCUGCGUAAGGGUGAGGGAGAGAGGGAAAAAGAGGAGAGGCAAAGGGAAAGGGAGAGGAGAAGGGAGAGGGCCAGGGGAGGAGGAACAGGAGUGGUGAGGGCAAGCAGUCUGGCAGAAGACAGAGAGAGGGAGCGAGAGGGAGAGGUGGAGAUGGAAGCAGAAGAGGAGAGGUCAGGGACAUGUUCAGAGAGGUCGGGGACGAGUUCAGAAUCAAAUGAAAGGGAUGACUGUAAUAUAAGAAAGGAAAGGCUGGAGGAGAUCAAGGAUGAAAGGGAAGACGAAGGAGGAGUUGAGCAAGACUCCAGUGAGAUGGAGGAAGAGGAGAAGGAGAAAGAUGGGCAAGGGAGUGGGGGCUCUUUAGAGGAGAGGAGAGAAGGCCGUGGGGUGGACAUGGGGCGAGAUACAAACGAAGAACCAGAGGGUUGUUUCUCUUACCAAGAUAACCUUCAGGAAGCAAGACAGACCCUCAGAAAGAAUUCUGCCCCUUCCAGCCAGAUAGCCGACACUCUUUUCGGUCAGACUCUCAGUCAGGAGGCUGAUGCAAACUCUAGCACCUCAUAUGAAGUAGAGGACGUGGAUCUGAAUGGAACCUACUACCAGAAAGAGCCCUACCCACUGGACGUGGCCCGAGAACGGUCACUCACCAUUUCCUCUCCCUUCCGUCACUCUCCUUUCUCUUACAAACCCAAGACUCUGGACCAAAACCAAAACGCUUCCCGGCCAAGGCCCCUCUCCCUCCUCCAACACUCCCACUCAAACUCUCUGCCCCCAAAACUCCCCUCCCUCUCACUUUCGCUUUCUCCUACACCUCCGUCAUCACCCUCAUGUGCCUCCCCACACUCCUCAUCCUACCUCGUCCCACGUCCCAACACCCCAAACUCCACCUCCCCCUCACCCUCUCUACGCACACCGUCGUCUUCUUUUAACUUUGACAUUGCCGAGCCAGCUGGACCCCAAAAGAACCGUCCCUUUGUCUCACUGCCUUUAAAUCUCCCGAGGGAUGACUUGUUACCUCCCCUAGACCAACCCCUUCCCACCAGAGACUGGGUCACCGUUGAAGGGGACUUUGUCUUGGUCCUAGCCCUUUACCAGACCCACCUUGGGGCAGACCUUUAUGCUGCACCCCAGGCUAGGUUUGACGAUGGGCUGAUCCACCUGUGCUUUGUGCGAGCGGGGAUCUCCAGAGCUACUCUGCUGAGACUGUUCUUUGCCAUGGAAAGAGGAACCCACCACUCCGUCAGCUCGCCAUAUGUGAGCCAUGUGUCCUGCAGAGCCUUCAGACUGCAGCCUCUGUCCUCGCGGGGGACACUCACAGUGGAUGGAGAGCUGGUGCCCUAUGGGCCUCUUCAAGCACAGGUCAGAAAGGGGAUGGGGGGGUAAUUUUUCUCGCUGUAGUGAAUGCAUGCAUGCCUUGAAGCGCUAUAAUGUGAGUGUGGGAGACGUAGAUAAUUGGAUUUGACAACAUCUAAAUCUGCAAACACAUAAUGCUCAUGUAGCUGUAAUGUGCUCUGCCAGAUUGUGCCGUUGUAAUUCCAUUAUAGCCAAUCAGAAUGAAGCAAAAACAUAAAUACAAUACUUUACCAUCGUGCUCAUUUGUACACUACAAUAAUGUUAUUGUUGCUACCAAAUAUAGAUAUUUUGGUCUGAAAAAUGAUAUGAUCCUAACAGAUCUCUUAAUUUCUCUUACAACAUCUCUUCUUUAUGAGUCCUCCUGGCAUUAGCGCAAGCAAAGAUUUGCUUCCUUGUGAUACCAAAACAUUAUAGGCAAUGUUUUAGUGAAUGUAUUAUAAAGAUACAUGUUCUAUCGUAUUCCAUAAUGUCAAACCGUGACGUAUCGGAAGUAACCCUGUAAUUCACACCUCUAGGGUCCCAUCCUAAUUUCCAUUCUUUAUAAAAGGGAGUUUUCACCUCAGAAAUGUGUUUUUAUCUGCUGCAGUGGCUAUAAACAGGCAGAAAAAGAGGUGGUUUGAGCUUAGACUUAGACUUAGUACUGCUGUGGUGUUAAGAAAUUACUGUAGGCACAGUAUUAACUUUAUUUUUUGUCCUGUCAAAAUUUCACAGGUUCAUCCCUCCUUGGCUCGUCUCAUCGUUGGUAACUGUGGAAUACAGAUCACCAGAUUCUAA